CUAACAUUGUCAUAUUAGUACUAAGUACUAAGGCUACUUACCUUAGGUAGCAGACUCCUUGUUUAACUACCUAGACUCAAAUCUUAGAAUAGUGAGGUAUAUUAGUAAGUAAACGAAGUUUUAACUUCGCGUGAGACAAGUCUAUUCCAACCUCACCCCAUGCCACCACAUCCAGUACACAUCUAGAAUCACAAAGCGCGCCGAAUCUCAAAGAACAAAACAACGCCGCAAUCAAGCCCGAGAGCGAAAUUUCAUUCGUCACUCUACUCUCUUCUUGGCUCCAACCCACCACCUGGCAUCACUCAAGCUCACUCCACCCUACUUACCCAUCAAACAGCCACCUCAGCAAGCCCCUCACAAUGGCACCCCCAACACCCAAAUCCCUAUCCCACAUCUCCCUCCUCUACCGCAUCUACUUCCUCUACUUCGAGCCCUUCGGCGCCGUCUCAGGAACCUACCUCUGCAUCUUCCGCCCCCAGCGCUUCCUCUCGGGUACUCUCCCCCUCCCGGCCUACCUCGCAUUCUCAUCUCCCUCUCCAUCCUCCAUCUCCGCACGAACCAUCCCCCUCACACCACUCCACACCCUCCUCCUCAUCAACAUCGCAUCCCUGUACCUCCUCUUCGCCGUCACCGAAGGCGUGGUCCUGCGCUUGACGCGCCAGAAGAGUAUUUGGUUGGCUGUGAUUGUGGGCAUGGCGUGUGCGGAUGUUGGGCAUUUGGGGGCCGUGUGGUGGGUUGAGCCGGGGAGGAUGGCUGAAUUUGCGGGGUGGAACAGUGAUGAGUGGAUUAAUUAUGGGACGUUGAUAAUGGGGCUUGGGUUGAGGUUGGCCUUUUUGGCGGGGGUGGGGAGGAGAUGAGGUGAGAUGAGAUAAGAUUGUGAGGUGAGGAGGAGAGAUUGUAAGGGAAUGAGGCUGUGAGGCUGUGAAGGAAAUUGAAAUUUUUGAAGAUGGGUUCGGAGGAAACCUGGGAUUUGAUGACUGGGAGGAUGAAGAUUGACAUAGGAAGGGAUGACAGAGGACACUUGUGAAAGAUUCUGAACUUUGGAAAGAGAAAAUCGAGUUGGACAUUUAUUUACUCAUACAUUGAAGACUCCCAAUUAA